AUGACGACGGCCACGGCGCGCGCUUCUCCAUCACCUCUGCUCAACGGGACAGGCCAGCACGCGACAGACGCGGAGGACUCCGCCGAGGCCGGGUGGCGCGCGCUGCUGCUCUUCGGCGCGUCGGUGGCGGUGGGCGCCGUGGUGUGCGCGGGCGGCCUCUACUCGCUGGCGUCUGUGCCGCGCAUGCGCGCGCGCUCGCCGCUGUGCCUCAUCGUGGCCUGCCUGUCCGUGGACGACCUGAUCGGCGUGGUGCCGCUCGCGCUCGCCGCGGUGCUGCAGUGGAGGCGAGAGGGGCACGGCAAAGACGGCGAUGAUGACGCGGCCGUGUGCACGUGGGCGGGACUGUUGUACGUCUUCCACGGGCUCGCGAGCAACAUGAAGGCGUGCCUCAUCGCCGCCUACACGCUCUACGCGAGCAGACGGAGAAGAGGAGCGCGAGGAGCGCGAGCAGGUGCAAGAGGAGGCGUGCCGUGCGCGCUCGCCGCCGUGUGGGCCGCCAGCCUGGCCGUGAGCGCGCUCCCGCUGGGCGGCUGGGGUCGCUUCUCGCGCGCCUCUCUGGGCUGCCUGCCGGCGCGCGACGGCUUCUACGCGCCGCUGCUCGUGGCCCUGUACGCGCUGUGCGCGUGCGGCUUGGCCGCGUGCUCGGCGCCGCUCACGCACCAGCUGCUGUGCUCGGCGGACGCGCUCAGGCCGCUCUGCCGGUGGGAGGGAGGAGGGGGCGGGGCCGCAAGCGCCGAGGGGCCCGCGGCGCCCCUCUGCGAAGUCGCCUCCGUGUCGCGCGAGAGCCUGGAGAGGAGCUACGGCGAGCUGGGCUCCGGCGCGGCGGGCUCGGAGUGCGGGGCGGAGGCGUGUCCCUGCUCCAGGGGCCAGUUUGGCGGACAGGGGGUCCGGCACUGUCCGGUGGUCUUCGCGCAGAAACGCUUCUCCAUGAUCCUCGCCAUGGCACGGAUUGUUCUGUGGAUGCCAAUGAUGGCCCAGAUCCUGGUAAGCCACACUGUCCAGAUGCACAGCUCGUCUCUGGAGACGCUUUGUUUUUUCCUGACCUUGCUCUCGGCAGCGGUCACCCCGGUGUUCGUCCUCUCGGAGCGCUGGAUUCACCUUCCCUGUGGCUGCUUCAUCAACUGCCGCCGGGGCUCCACCUCCACAUCUAUCUCUUCCACCUCCCACAAAAGGAGAUUCGAAUUCAACCUGUCCUUCCAGCAAGGCUACGGCAUCUACAAGAUACCUCACGUCACGUCACCCUCCGUUGAGAAGCCCUCCUACAACAGCCUGUACAACUGCGACUUCUCCGAAAGCCGGAUUGCAGUGUUGGACAGCGGUCAGAUCGCCAACCUGGCCGCUCGUGAGCUGAGGAGUCCGGGGGAGGCGGAGGACUGCUCUCUCCACAGUGAGCUCCUGCUAGAUGCUGUGUCUGCCGAAUCCAGGAGAGAAGGCCUGCCCCAGCUGAGCUCGGGAGAACGGGACGGCUUUGGAAGCGUCUCACCUCCUGUCUCAGCCUGUGAUGGGGAGGACCUCAACCUGGACGCUUCCUCAGUGUUUGAUGGCCCUGAGAGGAGGCUGUCUCACGAGGAGUGCCGCAAGAUCGAAUUGACGGACUGGGAGUGGUGCAGGAGCAAAUCGGAGAGGACACCAAGACAGAGAUCAGCGGGUGCAGGCGGAUUGGCCAUCCCCCUCUGUGCUUUCCAGGGCACUGUGUCUCUCCAUGCGCCCACAGGCAAAACGCUGUCCCUUUCCACCUAUGAGGUCAGCAGUGAUGGCCUCAAGAUCUCCCCCAACAAUGCCAAAAAGGUGGAGGUGUACCGCUCCAAGUCUGUGGGCCAUGAGCCCAGUGCCGACGAGCCAAACUCGAGUGGCAGUGGUGGGGGUGGAGCUCCGGCGCCUGGGGGUGUAGCCGACACCAAUGUGAAGAUCCACCUGGAAGUCUUGGAGAUCUGUGACAAUGAGGAGGCCAUGGACAGUGUGUCAAUCGUGUCCAAUAUCAGCCAGUCAUCAGCCCAUGCUCGCUCCCCGUCGCUGCGUUACUCGCGUCGCGAGAACCGCUUUGUGUCAUGUGACCUGGGCGAGACUGCCUCCUACUCACUGCUGAUCCCAACCAACCCAGAUGCUGACAGCAUCAACAUCCAUAUCCCUGACACAGUUGAGGCGCACAGGCAGAACAGCCGACGCCAGCGGCAGGAUGCUGGUGGUUACCGGGAGGAGAUCCAGCUCCUGAACGAGGUCUACAGAAGGCAAGGUGGAGACCUGGGUGACUGAAACCCCGGCCAGCCACUUUAUAUUAAGACUCUGUUAGUCUGGACUGAGAUGGACUUUGAACGUUCUCUGAAUUUGAUUUGAGGAAGAAGACUUG